AUGACGACAACUGCAAACUUCACCGGUCAUGAAAAGCAGACCACACUGAGUAAUCCUUUAGUGCCAUACUGUUCCCCAGAAUUAGCUGAAGGUAUACAACAUCCGCUUGUAUGUCUUAUUGUGCUGAACAUUUUCCUGUCCAUCUGUGCGUUUCUUGGGAACUCAUUAAUCCUAGUUGCGCUUCACAAGAAAUCAUCCCUUCACACGCCGUCUAAACUUUUUCUCCGUUGCCUGUCAGCAUCUGACCUCUGCGUUGGGCUCAUUGCGGAACCAGCCAUUGUUGUGUAUUGGACUUCACUGCUUUUUAGGGCGAACGCGACCUGUCGAUACUCAGCUCUCAUCAGCCACAUCACAGGCUACAUAUUGGGCUCAGUGUCUCUGCUAACACUUACGGCAAUAAGCAUCGAUAGGCGCUUAGCACUGAUGUUGGGGCUCAAAUACAGACAGAUUGUAACUUUGAAGCGAGCAUGCAUGACCGUGAUCGCUGUGUGGCUUCUUUCCAUUGUCGGCACCACACUUUUUUUUGUGAAUUUUUUCAUAACACAGUGGUAUGCUAAUAUUAUAAUAUUAUCGUGCCUGGUAACUUCUAUUUACGCUUAUACCACUAUUUUUCGUUUUCUUCGCUCUCAUGCAUUUAAAGUAAAAAAAACUGCCUACCAAGGACAACCGAGCCAAAACCUUCAGCCGCUUAACCUUGCGCAAUACAAAAAGUCGGUCAAAACUGCGCUGUGUGUACAGUUAACUUUAGUAGUCUGUUAUCUUCCAUAUGCUGCAGCACACGCUUUGCCUAAAAGACCACAUGAACUAUCUCAGUCUCUGUAUCUUUUAAGGGCGAUGGCGCUGACUUUAGUUGAUCUAAAUUCGACUCUGAACCCAAUUCUUUAUUACUGGAGGAUCGGAGAAGUAAGACGAUCAGUGAAGGAAAGUCUUAGAAGAUUGGCCUGUUCUAGUUAAUUAACAGGGAUUCAAGGUGCUAACCUCAACACACCCGAAGAUGUCAAAGAUUUGGACAAUUUUUCUUGGAAAAAAGAAAAGGUAAUUUUUAUUCUGAGGUACACAUCUGAUGGUCUUCAAAUAAAACCCAAGCGUGCUCAUCAAAGUGCCAGUUUGUACUGUGCGAAACGUCAAGGUUCAUUAUCGAAAAAGGAGUUAAGGAGUUUUAAUCAAGCAGAAGCAAAAGAUAUUUGAGUAUGCAACUCCAAGCUAAAAUAAAACAGAAUAGAAUCUCGUUGUGAGGGCUUCAUUUGCCCUCAAUAACUUAUAACUGAAAAAGUAAAACCGAAGACUGUCAGUUAAGUCAGGAAAAAUAGUCAAAAUGGCGCGCUAGACACAUUUCAGUAUUUUUAGUUACAAAGCUCCAACAAAAGUUAUACAGAGAGCAUUUAUUUCAAUAGUCUCUACACAUAAGUGGCAAAAAGAUAGAGAUAGUUAUAAGAACAGUGAUCUUGUCGGUUGUUAGUUCGCG